AUGCCGAAUGCCAUGAACCUGAGCACUCUUAGUCCGAACACGCCUCUUCGGAAAAACCACAUCACUCUCGUAAACUUAAAGCCGCUCGUUGCGUCGAAUCGAGCACUUACGUUGAACUCCGAGCGUUCGUUCGUUGAUAUCGGACGUUCAUUUGGCCUUGGGCCGCCUCGGGAAGGAGGUGGUGUCAUUUCCGAAGAGGGGUCCGAGAACACCGGACGCUCCGUCUGUUCGUGCGUUCGCGGGUUCAAGAUGAGGUAUCAGCCUUGGGGCCCCUUGUCUGCACACCACGACCACCUCUGGCACCUCACCGCGUUACGUAGGUCAAGGGGUGCGUUUACGUUGACUGCGAGACGAACUGCAGGGCAGUUCGCUUGCAUCUUCCGAGUCCGUCAAUCCAUCGGAAGCAAGUCGAAUCGAACUGGUUCCCGGGGCUUCCGAACACUGAACUUUGAAGUGACACUGCUGGGAAGCAUCGGACGAAAGCAGACCGGGUGUGUACAUGCCUCGGAUUCGCAGCGCCCAGUGGCUGACAAACGCGGCAGGCCGCUCGCAGGCGCUCACCCACCGACGCCGUCUCGUCCAUUUCCGCCUCAGUUCCGUUGGCUUAGGCGCCUACACAUACCGGCUUUUGCGACGACUUGCGAGUUUGCCGCACCCCUCUCUCCCUCCCUCCAUCCCAUCAUCAUCAUGAUCGCCCAUUCCCAGCCUAUCGCCCUCCCCUCCGCCUCAUCGUCCAUGCUCACCCUCGAUGGUACGCCCCAGGACUACGCCAUGCUCGACGCCGGGUCCUAUACUGGCUCGUCGUCGGGCACGUUCAACCCCGCGUCGUACACCCGCCACUUCCUGGGGUCGCCCAUCUCCUGGCGUGCCGGCUCUUUUGGGCUCGCAGGCAGGUUCCCCGCGGGCUCGCCCACAGCCCAGCUCCUCAACAGCAUAGACUUGAACGAGUAUCGCAGUGGCAAGACGCCUUCGUCGAUCGAAAGCGAUUCCAUCAUGAAUGCCCUCAACGUCUUUGACAGGGAAGGAGAGUUUUGCCGCAACUACACCUGCUGUGGCCUCCUCCUCCACGACCUCCAUGCACUCCUAGAGCACUUUGAGGAGGUCCACAUCGUCGUCCUAGAUCCCUCUUCUUCUCAGCCUCAAGCACAUAUACAAAUCCCCUUUAAUCCUACUGUACACGACCUCGACCCCCGUACAUCCCAGCAGCCCGUACCCUCCCAGGAGCAGCUGCAGCAGCACGUCCAGCAGCAGCUCCAAAAUCGCCAGCAACAGCAGCAGCAACAACUCCAGCAGCAGUCGCACUAUGCCACCCCGUUCGACCCCGACGACAUGGAGCUCGACCUUGACCUUGAUAACCAUCCGCUGCCACCACCGCCACCCCCGCCGUCGUCAGCGUACUCGAGUGCCCGAUCGUCGCCGUCCUCGUGCGCACCUUCGCCCCCGGACACACCCAUCUCCACACCGCUCUCCGCGUACCCAUCGCCCCACGCCUUCCUCCCACAACUUCCUGGGCAUCUGUCCCUGGGCCCCUACCACUCGCACUCGCCGUACAUCUCCCAGCCCCCAUCGCCCCCAUCCACGUAUGACCCGAGCACCGCCGCCUCGACCCGGCAGAGCUCGCCUACCCUCUCGCAGAUGGGCGGUGGCAUGCCCCACGCCCAUACCCAUGCUCCUAGCAGCGGCCGCCCGAACCUCAACCUCACGCUGUCCUCGGCGGGCUUCCCACGUGCGACCCCCGCCCCGGCGUCGCUCAACCCGGAGGAGGCGUUCAACGCGUACGCGCGCUUCGCGUCGGACUACUCGUCGUGCAUGCCCGGGGCGCAGUUCAACCCUGCGACGGUGGACGAGGCGAGUGCGCUGGGGGGCGGCGGCAGCGGCAUCGCGGCGUGGCAGCUGCAGCAGCAGCAGGCGGUGCAGGCGCAGGGCGGCGGGUGCAUGCCCCCUGCGCUGCUCUUUGCUAGCUCCACGACGGGUGGGGGAGGGAUGGCCUCGCCGGUUAGUGCGACGUCCUCGCGGGUGCCGUCGCCGACGCACCACCACCAGACUCAGCGUGCAGCAGCUCAAAGCAGCAACUCGGCGCCGCCCUCGGCACACCCGUCCGGCGCCGGAGCGGGCUCGGGCCUCUCGAAGCUCUCACUCUCGCUCUCCCUCGCUCAGCCCCGCUCCUCCACCACACCUGCCCCCUCCCCAAACUCCGCGGCCCAAACAACCUCCGCGGCAGCCGCCCUCGCCGCGCGCUCAAGCUCAAACAACUCGGCCGCCCCGCCCCUGCUGCUCAGCAAGCCCUUCCGCUGCCCCAAGCCCAACUGCAACAAAUCCUACAAGCAGGCGAACGGGCUAAAAUAUCAUAUGACGCAUGGGAGCUGUAACUUUGCGCCGCCGAAGGAUUUGGAGCAUGUCAAGGAUUUGUUGGAGCGGAAGAGGCGGGAAAGGGAGGCGCAGGGCCAGCAAGGGGGUGUAGGUGGUGCGGGCGGGAGCGGCAGUGGGUUAACGAGGAGCGCAAGCCUCGGCAGCUCGCCCUCCGCCUCCGCCGCAGUCCCCACUCCCGGCACAUCCACCUCCCACGCCUCCUCCCCAUCGACCCUCCACCCCUCCGAGCCCGGCACCCCGCUCUCCCCCACCUCCAUCCUCUCCCUCACCUACUCCGACCUCUCCAACAUCUCCGAGCACGACCUGCGCGAAGUCGAGCGCGAGGCCGAGCGGCGCCUGCGGCCCUUCGCGUGCGGCGUGGGCGAUUGCCAGCGCAGGUACAAGAACAUGAAUGGGCUGAGGUAUCAUUAUCAGCACUCGGGAGAGCAUGGCGAGGUGGGAUUGGCGCUGUUGGCGAGUGGGCAGCAUGAGUGCUUGGGGAGUAAUAGAAGGGGUGCGGGUGGAGGUGCGGGUGGGGGAAAUGGGGGCGGGGUGCAGAGGAGUAAUACGGCGAGUGGGGUGAUUGGGGUCGGACAUGGGCUUGGGCUUGGGGGAGGGAUGGGCAUGAAGGGCAGUGUGAGCGUACCUGUGAGCCGCGCGGGGAGUGUGCCCGGGAGCAGGGUGGGCACGCCCCAGCCCCAGCCCCAGCCGCCCCAGCCGCAGGCGCAGCUGCAGCAUCAGUUCCAGCAGCAGUUCCAGCAUCUGCAGCAGCUUAACCAUGCGCGUGCCGCUGCUGCCGCCGCCGCCGCCUCUUCUUCCUCCUCAGCCACCGCGACGGCCACUACUACGACGACGACGACGGCGAUCACACCGACGACGGCCCCGGUGCAGGCGCAGGUGUUCGUCGUGCCCGUCGCCAAUGGGAAUGGACGCUCGACGCCGGCGAGUACGUCGAGGAACGGCAGCCCGACGUCGUUAACGUCGUCGCCCCCCGGGUCGGCGUCGGCGCGUGGGUCGCCUCAGCAACAGCAGGCUCAGGCGCAAGCGCAGGUUCAGGCGCAGCAGCAGCAGCAACAGCAACAACAAGGAUACCAGCAGAACGCGUACCAGAUGGCGUAUGCGUAUGCGCACGCGCAGCACGUCCAGCGGUACCAGGCUGCUCAAGUCCAGGCUGCCCAAGCUCAACAGGCGCAAGCUGCUCAACAGCAACAAGUCCAACAGCAGCAGCAGAGACAGAGCCCGCCCCAGCAGCCUGCCCAACCGCAACCGCACGCCCAAGUCCCAGUGCAGCCGCAGUUCGGGUACGGCACGGCGGGGUAUUUGGGGCUCGGCGCGUCGGCGACUGCGACCGCGAACGGCGUUAGUGUUGUGGGUGUGGGUGGUAUAAGUGUGCUAGAAGGAGGGGUACAGGGUGGACAAGGCGAACGAGGUGAACCAGACGCGGCAGCCGCCGCCGCGCUCUACGCGCGCCAGCAGCACGCGCAGAACUCGGAGGCGAGCUUCAGCUUUAGUUAUGCGCAGGUGGGGGGGAUGGACAUGUCGUAG